GAGAUGCCCACGGGCGCCCGGCCGCCGGCGUCUGGUGCGGGGGCCGCGCGGCGAAGGCCUGCUCCAUGUGCGGGACCACGGACGGCGCGUGCGGCGGCGACUGCUUCCUGGCGACGACCGAGGAGCAGAUCGUUGCCGUAGACCGCGGCGCUUGCGACGGGGACCCGCUCGAGAGGCUGGGGAGCGCGUCGGCCUGCCAGGAGGCCGCCAAAGCGCUCGGAUACGCCAUAGACUGGGGCCCUUCUGGCGGUUUCGUCGACGUCGUGGACGGGUGUUCUGUCAGGAACGACACCAUGCUCUUCUACAACGCGGGCGGCACGUGCAGCCUCACCCGAGGGCCCAAGGCCAACGGCGGGUUCUUCCGGAAGUGCCAGUGCUCCGAGCACAACAAGUGCUUGUGCCGGAGGCCGAGAGGGCCCAUCUGCAAGCCGCAGUCGAGGGAGGUGGUCGAGGGCCUGGACGAGCUGCUGGGCGAGCUGAGCCGCCUCGAGCGGGGCCUGGACCCGGCGACGCGGCGGCCGGCAGGAGUGGCGGUGCAGGGCGUCAGGCCGCGCCGCCAGGAGGAGCAGAAGGUCAAGGAGAAGUUCGAGGAUGACCAGGCCGCCGCCGGCGGUGGACUGCCGGAUGGCAGCGUGUCGGUCGGCGGGGCUGCCUCCAGCGGCGGCGCGUGGCCCACUGGUGGAGGUGGACUAAUGCCCGGCUUCUCCGAGAAGCCCGGUAUGUUGCGGUCGUCCGCGAAGGAGCUGUGACCUCUGCGAGGCAGACGUGCACCGCUCGGCGCAGAAGCCCCUCCCCCUGCCGCCCGCCGCGCCGAAAGCGCCCGCGACCGGCUGCGCCGCAGCAUGGGGCAGGAGGAGGGGGGAGGCCUUCUCAGAGAGAGGGGCUGCUUCUCGGAAGGCGGGGG